AAAACUUUUUUUACAUCAGUUGGUGGACGAGUGAGUCGGGAGUUAAACUACACACGGCAGAAGAUUGGAGAAGAGGCCAUGUUUAACCCCCAGCUCAUGAUUCAGACUCCACAGGAAGAUGGAACUAAUGUACUAACAACAGAAGCACUCCGACAGCACCUUGACUCUGCACUUCAGGCCAGCAGAGUACAUGUUUAUAUGUACAACAGACAAUGGAAGUUGGAACAUUUAUGUUAUAAAUCAGGAGAACUCAUCACAGAAGCAGGUUACAUGGACCAGAUUAUAGAAUAUCUUUAUCCUUGCUUAAUUAUCACUCCUUUGGACUGCUUCUGGGAGGGAGCAAAGCUACAGUCGGGAACUGCCUAUCUAUUGUAAGCAUGCUUUUAUUUA